GGGAGGCGACGACCGAACCCUCCUCCUCCUCCCCCUUCUUCGCUCGUGGCUGGGGAGGCGGGAAGACUCGAUCGCCUUCCGCCUGCCUCUCCUCUCUCUCCCUCCAUCCUCGCCUUUUCUGCUUGCAGGAGGAAUGUGGGGGGGCCUUGAGUUGAGAGUGGGGCGCUGGGGGCAACGGCUGCGGGAGACCCCCCUUCCUUUCGGCCUGCUGUUGCGUGGGGGCACAAGAACUAAACUGAACUGAGCGGAGGGCUUGAACUCACCCUAUUUUUUUGGGGGGGGGAAUACCCCCCCUCCUCCUGCUUUCCACUUUUUUUUUUUUUUUUUUUACCUUUCGGCUUUCGAGUUGGUUUGUUGCUUCGUUGCCGUUCUCUGGAAGGACGAGGCUUGUUAUAUAUGAAGACGCUGUGUGGACAGUAAUGACUGGACGUUUCCGAUUGCCUGCUGGCAGAACCUACAAUGUACGAGCAUCUGAGCUGGCACGAGAUAGACAGCAUACAGAGGUGGUCUGCAAUAUUCUUCUUCUAGAUAAUACUGUACAAGCAUUCAGGCUUAACAAACAUGAUCAGGGACAAGUUCUGUUGGAUGUAGUUUUCAAACAUCUUGAUCUGACUGAGAGAGACUAUUUUGGUUUACAAGUGGCUGAUGAUUCUACUGAUAACCCUAGGUGGCUGGAUCCAAACAAGCCAAUUAGGAAACAGUUGAAAAGAGGAUCACCCCACAAUUUGAACUUCAGAGUCAAAUUUUUUGUAAGCGAUCCUAGUAAGCUUCAAGAAGAAUAUACAAGGUACCAGUAUUUUUUGCAAAUUAAACAAGAUAUUCUUACUGGAAGAUUGCCCUGUCCUUAUAAUACUGCUGUACUCUUGGCUUCCUAUGCUGUUCAGUGUAAGUACAUAUCUGAACUGGGAGACUACAACCUUACGGAUAACUUCCCAGGCUACCUCUCAGAUUACUCUUUCAUCCCUGGCCAGCCUCAAGACUUUGAAAAAGAAAUAUCCAAACUACAUCAGCAACAUAUAGGUUUGUCUCCAGCUGAAGCAGAGUUCAGUUAUCUCAGUACUGCCCGAACCUUAGAACUCUAUGGAGUUGAACGGCACUAUGCAAGGGAUCAAAGUAAUAAUGAAAUUAUGAUUGGAGUAAUGUCAGGAGGCAUAUUCAUUUAUAAGAACAGGGUACGAAUUAACACCUUUACAUGGUUGAAAAUCAUAAAAAUUUCUUUUAAGUGCAAGCAGUUUUUCAUUCAACUUAGAAAAGAAUUGCAUGAAUCUAGAGAAACUUUAUUGGGAUUCAACAUGGUGAAUUACCGAGCAUGUAAGAAUUUAUGGAAAGCUUGUGUAGAACAUCAUACUUUUUUCCGGUUGGACAGACCACUGCCACCUCAGAAGAACUUUUUUGCACAUUAUUUUACUUUAGGGUCAAAGUUUCGGUACUGUGGGAGAACAGAGGUCCAGUCUGUACAAUAUGGCAAAGAAAGGGCAAACAAGGACAGGGUGUUUGCCAGAUCCCCAAGUAAACCUUUGGCUCGCAAAUUGAUAAGUGGGAUGGACUGGGAGGUUGUCAGCAGAAAUUCAUUGUCUGAUGACAGGUUAGAAACUCAAAGUUUACCAUCCCGCUCUCCACCUGGAACCCCUAAUCAUCGCAACUCCACAUUUACUCAAGAGGGAAACCGUUUUCGGCCAUCUUCAGUUGGACAUUUAGUAGACCAUGUAGUCCAUACUUCACCCAGUGAGGUAUUUGCAAAUCAUCGGUCGCCUUCUUCUACACAGGCCAAUAGUAUAAUUCUAGAAUCAUCACCGUGUCAAGAGUCCCCCAUAGAUGGCCAACCACCUGCACUGCCACCUAAACAAUCUAAAAAGAAUAGUUGGAACCAAAUUCAUUAUUCACAUUCACAGAUAGAAUUGGAUAACCAUAUAAAUGAAACAUAUGAUGAUGAUUCUUCCUCGUCUCCCGAAAAAUCUACUCCAAAUGGUGGGAUUCCUCAUGACAAUCUUGUUCUGAUCAGAAUAAGACCUGAUGAAAAUGGCAGAUUUGGUUUCAAUGUAAAGGGUGGAUAUGACCAGAAGAUGCCUGUCAUAGUGUCUAGGGUGGCCCCAGGAACACCUGCAGAUGUUUGUGUCCCUCGUUUGAAUGAAGGAGACCAGGUUGUAUUGAUUAAUGGCAGGGAUAUAUCAGAACACACCCACGAUCAAGUUGUUAUGUUUAUUAAAGCUAGCUGUGAGCGGCACUCAGGGGAACUUGUGCUCCUAGUUCGACCCAAUGCUGUUUACGAAGUAGUAGAAGAAAAGCUAGAAAGUGAGCCAGAUUUCCAGUACAUACCUGACAAGUCCCCACUUGAUGGAAUUCACCAGGAUGACAAUGCUCUGAGAGAAUCAAUGUUUCAGCAAGCAGAAGGGCUUAUCACUGGAACAGUCUUGGCUCAGUUUGAUCAACUUUAUAGGAAGAAGCCUGGGAUGACAAUGUCAUGUGCCAAAUUACCUCAAAAUAUUUCCAAAAAUAGAUACAGAGACAUUUCGCCUUAUGAUGCUACACGGGUCAUUUUAAACAGUAAUGAAGAUUACAUCAAUGCAAAUUAUAUAAAUAUGGAAAUUCCUUCUUCUAGUAUAAUCAAUAAAUACAUUGCCUGUCAAGGUCCUUUGCCCAACACUUGCCCAGAUUUUUGGCAGAUGAUCUGGGAACAAAGCUCUUCGAUGGUUGUUAUGUUAACUACUCAAGUGGAAAGGGGCAGAGUAAAAUGUCAUCAAUACUGGCCAGAGCCUGGCGGAAGCUCUUUAUAUGGGAAUUUCCAAGUCACCUGUCAUUCAGAAGAAGGAAAUCCUGCCUAUGUCUUCAGAGAGAUGACAUUAUUUAACUUGGAGAAAAAUGAGGAUCGUCCACUCACUCAGAUCCAGUACGUAGCAUGGCCUGAUCAUGGAGUUCCUGAUGAUUCCAGUGAUUUCUUAGAUUUUGUAUGUCUUGUCCGGAAAAGAAGGGCUGGGAAAGAAGAACCUGUUAUUGUUCAUUGCAGUGCAGGGAUUGGACGAACUGGAGUUCUUAUUACAAUGGAAACAGCAAUGUGUCUUAUUGAAUGUAAUCAACCUGUUUAUCCCUUGGAUAUUGUAAGAACAAUGAGAGAUCAAAGGGCAAUGAUGAUCCAAACACCUAGUCAAUACAGAUUUGUUUGUGAGGCUAUUUUGAAAGUAUACAAAGAAGAACUUGUUAGACCUUUAAAGACAUCACUGAACAAAUAGGAAGCAAAAGAAGAUUUCAGAGAAUAUUCUACAUAAGACACAAACUGUACUUGUGCUAUAAUGUUUCUUGAAAUAAAUGAUGUCUGAAAAUAAUGAAGAACUGAAAAGGACUUCAGCACUAUUGCACUUUAAGUUAAAACUGAAAAUCAGUCUCUAAAACACUAUGAUUUUUCUGUGUUGAAAGACUCCAUUCAUGCUUUGCUUCAAACAAGCCACAGAAUUAAUGAACUCCAUGAGUUCUGGAUAAUUUUCCAGACUUGGUUGCAGUGCCAUAUAGCCCUUUUGUUCGAAAUACUACAAAAAAGAAAAAGGAAAAAAAAAGAAGCUUGGAAUACUUUCAUUCUUUACCACAAUACAUGCAAAGCUAUUUCUUCCAAUGCAAAAGUUGUCAUGUUAUUUGCUACCUUUUAUUUUGGUGAAAUAUUAGCAAUAUUCUUUUAUUAUUAACACUGCCUACUGAAACAGCACAUUUUUCCCUGUGCCCUUCUAGAACCUAACCUGAUUACUAAUGGAAGGCUGCAGUAUGAUCUAACCCAAUAAUAGCUGCAUAGUGGCCCGCUGAACCAACAUUUUGUUUAGUUGGUAUAUGAACAUUCUUUGUACUACUACGUUCUGUUUCUGUUUCUCAGCAGAUUAUAGCACCAGUUUGUUCUGAAACAUUGAUGGGUUACCCAUGGGAAUGAAUGUGUGUAUUUUGUCUUAACCCCUUAAGUGCCUUGAGACUUACAGUGUAUGUCUUAAUGGCAAGGGACUUGUGGCCCUCAAGGGGAAGCUAUCAUAAUUAGAUUCAUUUUGAAAUAUGAUCCUUGGUGCUUAGAAUAUGGUACAGUAAGGGGUCACAAAAAUACUGUUCCUAAAUGCUGUUCCUUUUGUCUCUAUAAGUACCUAUGGGUACAUUUACUGUGGGUAGCAAAAGCACUCUAGCCUAUUAAGUAUAUAACCUUCGUUUACUGCUAUGAAUUGAAAUGGAAAUUCUGACACAUUCCUUUCAACUGGUAAACUGCUAGCAAUUUAUAAUUGAAAGUCAAUGUAUUGAUUUAGAAUUUGUUCUGUUUUUCCCUCGCAUUGAAAAGUAGUAACUUGACUAGGAUAUAACAUUUUAAUUGUAUUGAUCUUCUGCUUGAAAUGUGAAGAUCUACGGUGAGAUUUCCCUAUCGUAGUUAUUUUUCUCCAAGUUCAUGUUUGUUGUUUCUUAAGUGAUGUUUAUAUUUUUUUUAAAAGAAAAAUGUUUCAUUGAAGUUUUAUCAUUGUCCCCUAGAGCUUUCCGAUAAGCUCUUUAGGUCUUUCUGUGAUAAUUUAUUCAGGAAUUGGCAUAUACCAUUGGAAUUAGCAGUAGCUGAACAGAUUGCAUAUAGGUUUGUUUUUUGUUUCGUUCAGAAAUGUUUCUAGGCAGUUAAAACCCACUAGGCAAUGAAUAAUCCUUCCCUAUUUACAUUGACAAUUUAAUUCUUUAUGAACUUAAAUCUGUCUGUAGUUAAAUAUUUUGAUUUGCUGCCAGGUUUUUUUUUUAAAUGAAAUAUGCAGAAUAUGGAAUGAGAAUAUGAAGUUUAUAAAAUUCAUUUGUGUGUAUGUGUGCAUGUAUAGAAAGAGAGUGAAUGAGCAUGUAUGUGUAUAUGUAUAGAUAUGCACACACACACACUCUUAUAUUGUAGUGGGAGAAACUUACAGAUAUGUCAAUAGAUCAGGAGGCACUUUCUCCAAAUCCCCUUUUCCUGCUGUCAGUUGUACUUUCUUAGAACUUGUAGAGGGCUGGAAAUAGAGGUAUCUAUUUCUCAUAACUGCUUCCACAGAGGAAUCCCUCACCUUAGAUUAAGAGUCUUCCAUGGAUAGGAGAAACUUCUGUACUGUAGGUACAUGAUGCCUCGAUCCAACUAUGAUGCAUUGAGGAAAUUCCCAGUUAGUUUAAAUGUUAUAUAACCCUAUGCCAUGAUGUGAAAUGAAGGAGUUAACAAAAUAUUUUACAUUUGUUUUAAAUAGGUUUGUAAGCUAAGCAGUACUGUUUCUUCACAAACCAAAUCUAGCAUAUUUCUUUAAUAGUUCUUUAUUGCCUACACACACACAUGCACACCACAGUACUACCAUCAAGGAAUUGAUCAGCUAUUCUUUUUUUACCCAUCUUGUGGUUCAAGCAAGAUUGAAUCUUGUAAAACUACCACAUUCUUAAAAGAGCUUUUUCCAAUCUGUAGAAAUGUAGUUGUGUUUUCACAAACUGAAGCAAAUGCGAAAUGCACUUCUAUUUCUGACAGCAGUGAAAGUGAAGGGAGUGAUGGAAUCAAGAUUAUUGUAGAUGAAAUAACGGAAAGAUCCACAGGCUUUUGAUGGACUGUUAUUAUCUGUAGAAAUAAGAGAUAGAAGAGGAGUUUCAUACAAUAAAGUGCAAUGUGGGAACAGGCAUCGAAGGUCUGCAGUCAUCUAAACUUGUCUUACACAUUGGUGUAAGCAAUGUAAACCUUUUAAUGGAAUGUCUGCAGUGGUCGUUCUUACUACUGCUAGUUUUUGGUAAAUGCAAAUAAUAAACGUACAUCUAGUCAUGUUUGCUUAAAAAGAAGCUUUGUAACUGGAAAGUGGGUGUUGACUUAGAUACUAUUUUUAAUUGCUAUACCAUCAUGCUGGUUAUUUGCAAGAUUGGUUUGCAUUUGGAACAAGUUAAAAUAUAUUAAAUUAUUAUACCUAUUAUACCAUUAAUUAAGCCACUUAAUGAUUUUACUAUUGCAAAUAUAUAUGUGCAAUAGUAAGAUCAUUAAAUAUAUAAAUUGUCUCUUUGUAAGAUUGUUGAAGGGAAAAAUCGGAUGGCUCAGCAAUGUGUAUUAUUAAUAUUGUACAUACACUCAGAUUUGUUGGUUGCCAAGGUAAUUUAAAUCUACAAGAAACAUUGCUACACCAAGAUACAGUAAUGUUGGAGCAAAAUUUUGGUAUUUGGUAUGUUUAUGCAACAUAGAGACAGAAAUUUUAACCAUCUUAAUGUCUUACCUCCAAGCUGAUUUAAGACUUACUAAUCCAUGCCAACAAAUACAUUUUGAAAUUAUAUUUCCUUGGUAGGGUCACAAAAUUAAUUAAAAUUAAAUUAAAGAAAUUUAAAUGUCUAAAUUAGAUAAAUGGAAUAAUAAAAGUAUCUUUAUGUCUUUGAAAUGAAUAUUCAAAGUACAUCUGCCCACUAUGCUAUUAAUAUUUUACUAAUAUUUUAUAUGACCUAAAAAUUAAUACUGCUAAUUGCUUUGCAUUGGGUUAUGAGGAUCUGCAUCAAGCUGAAAAGAAAAAUAUUUUUGUAUGUGUUUCAUUCUGUAUAAAACAUGAAAAUGUGUUUCAGGCAUAAUAUCAUAUAAAAUGAUAAGUGUUAUGGAUGUCGGAUUUUAUGGAGAAAUAUUUUCUUACUAUUUGCUAAAAAAACUGGGGAGAAAAAUUGUAACAUUUCCUGUUUUCUAAUUCAAAUUGCUUUCAUUGUAAAUAAGAGCAAUAGGGUAAUAGUUUUGUGCCAAUGUAUUUUUUUUUUAAAUGUUGAAAAUUAUAACUAUUUAAGGUACUUUUGAAAAUUUGUUUCAUGCAGAAAUCUAGGACUCUAAGACUUGUUAAAAAGGUUUUUGUUUUAUUUUGCUAUUUAAGUUGUGUGGCUUCGGGGUGAUGGGGUUAUACCAAGUUAAAUAUAAAAUAUCCAUAGCCAUUUUCUGAGGAAUACAAUUGACUAAUUGCACCAAUUAGAGAAAUCUCUCCAAAUCUGAGUGGAAUAUGCAUCCCUAGUAACAGAGCCAUUCACCAUUUGCUUAUUGCUGAAUAUUGUGAGCAUAGAAGCAGAUCUCUCCAGAUGCAUUAAAAUAACCAUGCCCCUAUAUUUUUAUUAGUAGGAGUAGUAGUACGUGAAGAAAAUUGUUCUUGGUAUAGUUGAUGGAAACAUUUGGACAAGUAACUUUAGGAUAAAAGUUGGACUAUGUUAAAUUACAGCAUUAUCUGCCAUUAUAGAAACAAUAAAGUCCACCAUGUACUCUGCAGGCCAAAAUAUUUUACUAUUUUAAUUCCCCUCCCCCUAAAAUCAUGCUGCAGCUUUCAUCAACAGCUUUAUAUAAAGAUUUCACAAAUCUUUUCUACUUGUAAAAUACACAUUAAUUCUAAUAUCUUCAAGUGUUGUAGUAUCCUGCAAUUAAUUAUUUAGAAAUGCUGCUCUCCUCUAAUCAGAAGGCCCAAAAUGCAAGUGAAGAGAGCUGGAGAGAGGGUUUUUUGAUAGAACUAGUAUAGAUGGCACUUUGUUGGAAGCAAAGUACAGAUUACAAAGUAACAUAUAUGGGAGGUGCAAUGAUUUGCUUCAGUUGCAGCUGUGUAGGGAGGAUAAGUAGUAGAGAGAAAGUGGGAUAUCAGAAAUUUUUACAUCUCGUGGAGGCAGAAUUCCCUUAUAUUUUUAGAAGGGUUCUGCUUGAUGGACAAAGAUUACAACUAUGCAGGCCUUCAGUUGGCAAUGGAUGAUUCCCAGGUCCUAUAGCAUGUCUGCCCCAGAUACUGUAUUAAGCCAUAUAUGUUCCAUUCAAGUGUCCCUCUUCACUGUGACUAAGCUGUCUACAAGGAAUGGAGACAUCUGAUAGUAGUAAUCUUAAAUUAAUGUAUAGUUGACAACAAUCUCAAAUUAUUUUGAUUUCUACAUGUUUCUAGAUGUAUCCAUACAUCUCCACAUGAUGUAAAGCAUAUUGGCCAGAAUAUUGUCUGCAUGUGUAUUUCACCCAUACGAUAGUGUAUAAAGUGGCAGGAAAGAACUCAUCUUGCCCUAGUUAUUAAUAAAUUUCUAGCUGUUAUAAAAGAGUAGAGGACCAGAAGAAUUAUUUUUCUUCUUCCAGAAUCCCUAUGAAUUUUACAAUAAGGCUUUUCACUGAAGAAAAGUUCCAGCAAAAAUAUUUCCCCCUCUGUAUGUAGCCAUUCACCAUUUGCUUAUAGCUGAAUAUUGUGGGCAUAGAAGCAGAUCCUCGGAUGAAUUAAAAUAGCCAUGGUAGUGAUUUAUAGUAUAUCCAACUGAACAUAAAACAUUUUGCAAGUUGGAUUUGCUUCCAAGCAAAUGAGUUGAGAAAUACCUUUUGAGAGAGAUGCCUUAACUGCAAAUACAGUGACUUGGAUCUAAAAAUACUCUUGUAUUUGUGAGAGGUUUCUGGAUUACAGAAGGGGAUUCCUGCAAUGGCCUUCCCCAAUCUGGGUAUCUUCCAAAUUAAUGUGGAAUUCUGGAAGCUAAAAUCCAUACAGCCAACGGAUUCCCAGAUUGGGAAAGGCUGCCUAACAAUUUCUGUUUACUGUUAUUACAGAUCUGUGCCACAACACAUGCCAUUGGUUCCUACUAUUCAGAAUGGAAUUUAAAU